UGCUUAUGGUAAUUCAACCUUUUCAUACAUACCCCAUCCAAAACCCGCGAAAAUCAAAGCCUUAUUUCUUUCUCAAAUCAAAACUCACCCAAGGAGAAUGAAGAGCCAGUGAGUGAGCAUAGCAAAAGGCGUGCUAUAAAAUAGAGCGUGUACACACAGUGGCGCUCCCAUGGAUCCGAUCUAUGCAGCCAACGAGCUCGCUUUCCGGGUCGGAUUUUCCGGCCACAGUGGUCACCUCAGACUGGAGCCGCUCACCACGCCGGAGCGCCACAACCCGCUCCGUUCCAUUCCCGAUUAUAUUCCGCCACCUGCCUUUCCUAGCGAGACACCUGAAUCUAUAAAGAAGUACAUAGAAGAGACGUAUCUCCAGCCAAGAUUGGAUCCUGAUGAAUUUUCGGCAGAAAAGGUUGGGAGGCAGUGGGAGUUUGACUGGUUUGACAGGGCUGAAGUUCCUCUCGAGCCAUCACUGCCACGAACUAUGGUUAUUCCAGUUUGGGAACCACCAUUUCGACGUUCAAACAAUGGAUCAGUUAAAGGAAUCUGGGAACCAAAAUUUGAGGAGGUGGAUGUAUCUGAUCUGAAGUUGGGAGAGACCGAAUCUGGGCCAUUACCACGCACUUCUGGAAAGGACUUUGUAAGGGGAAGCAUUAACAAUCGUCCUUUCCGUCCAGGAGGUUUGGAUGAUUCUAGAAGUGUAGAAAGAAUUCUUCCAGAAGGUGCUUCAAAUGGUGAAUGGGUGCGUGAAAUUUUGAAUGGUGGUCCUGCUCAGACAAUUCCUCCAAGCUUAAAGCAAGGGUUGGACUUUGGCGAGCUCAAGUCCCAUCCAUGCUCAUGGAAUGUCUGCAAGGAAACCAAUCCUCUCCGGAGUUCAUCAGUUGAAAAAUUGAGUGAAUUGUCCGUACAGUUUGAUGACUUGUUUAAGAAGGCUUGGGAAGAAGAUGCUGAUGGAGAACAAGAGCAAGAUGAAGUGGAGUCUGUUAUAUUGGAAGCUGAAGUUGGUACAGCUGAGGUGUCAAGUAAACCACAUGAUAGUGAAAUGUCACUUGAUGAUAUUUUGUCAGUUGACUCAGAAGGACCAGAAUUGCAUUUGGAUGGAUUUAGUGAUGAAAUUGAACAGAUGAAGAAGGAAGCUUGGGCUAUGCAUGAGUCCAGUGAUCGAAUUGUAGAUUGCUUUCAUGAACUUGUUCCUGACAUGGCACUAGAGUUUCCAUUUGAACUGGACGCAUUUCAGAAGGAGGCUAUUUAUUAUCUUGAGAAGGGGGAGUCUGUUUUUGUUGCUGCUCACACAUCAGCUGGAAAAACUGUAGUUGCCGAAUAUGCAUUUGCUUUAGCAUCAAAACAUUGCACUAGAGCAGUGUAUACUGCUCCAAUAAAAACAAUCAGCAAUCAGAAAUAUAGAGAUUUCUGUGGAAAGUUUGAUGUUGGGCUUCUUACUGGGGAUGUAAGCUUGAGGCCAGAGGCUUCUUGUCUCAUCAUGACCACAGAAAUUCUAAGAUCAAUGCUCUACCGGGGUGCUGAUAUAAUUCGGGACAUCGAAUGGGUUAUAUUUGAUGAGGUGCACUAUGUCAAUGAUGUAGAUAGAGGAGUUGUUUGGGAAGAAGUAAUUAUCAUGCUUCCAAGACACAUCAAUAUAGUCCUCCUUUCUGCCACGGUUCCUAAUACUAUUGAAUUUGCCGAUUGGAUUGGCAGGACAAAACAAAAGGAAAUAAGGGUUACAGGAACAACAAAAAGACCUGUCCCAUUGGAGCACUGCCUGUAUCAUUCUGGAGAACUUUACAAAAUUUGUGAAAGUGAAACAUUUCUGCCUCAGGGGUUGAAAGCUGCUAAAGAAGUUUCAAGAAAAAGGAAUUUGACUGCUGGUGGUGCUUCAGGACCAAAGGUGGGUAUUUCAGCAGGUCAUGAAAAUGCCAGAGGUUCAAAACGUGAAAAUGUAUCUCGCAUGAAGCAGCAUGGAGCUAAUUUCUCUGGAACUGGUAGAGGCUAUCAAAAUAAUAGCAAUGGCCAGAGCAAUUGGGAAUUGAGGAGAGCAGAUGCUUCAAUGUGGUUGAUGCUUAUCAACAAGCUCUCCAAAAAGUCAUUAUUGCCUGUGGUUAUAUUUUGUUUUUCUAAGAAUCGCUGUGAUAAAUCAGCUGAUAGUUUGACUAGAACUGACUUAACUAGUAGCUCAGAGAAAAGUGAGAUCCGACUUUUCUGUGACAAAGCAUUUUCGCGACUGAAGGGAUCUGACAAAUAUUUACCACAGGUUGUUCGAGUACAGAAUCUUCUUCGCAGAGGUAUUGGUGUACAUCAUGCUGGCCUUCUUCCAAUUGUAAAGGAAGUUGUUGAAAUGCUCUUUUGCCGAGGGGUUAUCAAGGUCUUGUUUUCAACUGAGACAUUUGCAAUGGGGGUCAAUGCACCUGCUAGAACAGUAGUUUUUGAUUCUCUAAGGAAGUUUGAUGGCAAGGAAUUUAGGCAGCUACUAUCAGGAGAAUAUACUCAAAUGGCUGGUCGUGCUGGCAGAAGAGGACUUGACAAGAUUGGUACAGUUAUUCUGAUAUGUCGUGAUGAACUCCCAGAAGAGAGUGAUUUANUUUCAUGGCACUCCAUAUUUCCUUAUAUUUCCUUAUAUUUCCCUAUCUGGUUCCUUAUUUAA